AUGCUAAACCAAGUCGUUCUUCCAGCGUAUAUAUACCACCUCAUUCUCACACAUGCCUAUUCAACAGAAAAAGAAGAGAUUAUCGGCAUGCUGAUAGGAUGCUGGGAGACUGCGUCUAGCAACAAUCCAUACCAAAAAACAAAAUCAGUAGCCCAUGUAAAGUACAUUUCCUUCCUGACUCGAUCUGAUAAGCGCAAAGACAGAGUGGAAAUAGCACCCGAAAGUUUGCAUCUAGCAGCUCUCGAGGCAGAGGAAUUUGGCAAGAAGAUUGGCAAGCCUAUGAUGGUCAUUGGCUGGUACCAUAGUCAUCCGCAUAUCACAGUGUUUCCUUCGCAUGUUGAUCUAAGAACGCAACUAUCUCAACAAUUGAUGGAUGACAAAUUCUUUGGGAUCAUCGUUUCCUGCUUUGACUCGCAUAAUGACAAUACUGAGAAACUCCAAAUAACAUGUUUCCAAUCAGCACAAGACAACCAGCGACUCAAUAUACCACUUUUAAUAGAGCCUAGUUUAGACACGGACAGCGACGUUAGAGAGCUUUUAUUGAAGCUUCCAGAGCACAUGUACGAGGAAUACAAAAAGGAAUUUACAGCGUCUAACGAAUGUAUCAAGUAUGAUUUGAGAUCCAUCAAGAACAUUGAUACCUCCAGUUUACCGAAUACCAUGACCCAAUUAUACAAUGCAGGUGUCUAUGGCCAAUUAUUGACUAGCUUAGUUGAUAAUAUGAUUAUUCCAACAACGCAUAUAUUGGACCUGAAGGCAUUGGAAUUGACUAAAGAGAUUGAAGACCUCAAGAAAUUCAAGCAGGCAUUGUCGCUAUCCACCAGUAAUGCGUCCUUAGCUACUCCGUCGCCCAAACCACACAGAUUACAGAAAAUAGACAAUUACCUGAUUGAAUUGGAAUAA